UUCAUCAGUUAUUUUUUAGGGUCUGCCGUGUUUCAGGGACUGUUCUAGGCACAGGGAAUACCACAGUGAGCAAACAAGAACCCUGUUUUCUAAUGGGACGAGACAGACCAUACACUAAACAAGUAACGGAUGUGGUAGUUUUUUAAAGUGUAAAGAUAGGAGGAAAAUAAGGUAAAACGUUAAGAUCUAACAAACUUGGCGGUGGGUACCCUGCCCUUGGAGAACUCGCACUCCAUUAGGAACAUCAGCUCAUAGUAGUCCAACAACUGUUGUAUUAGGGAGUUGGACUUGUACCACGAAGAAGGCUUGUACAAAGUGCCGUGGAGGGGGCCUGGAUGAGGAGGGCUGGGGAAGGCGGCAUUUCAGCUGGUCUUAGGUAUUUUGUUAAGUACACAGGAGAGAGAUGGCAUGCCUGGCAGAGGAAACAGGCUGUGUAAAGGCCCAGGGGUGCGGAGGUGCGCACAUGGUACAGCUGUUGAAGAGGUCAUAUCGCGAAGGACCUUGGUUUUACAGGUGUGAUACUUCCCCCAAGCUGUGGGCUCUCAUGAUGUCUGGGUGAAGCUAAGGCAUGGUAGGGGUCCCGCUGACCGCCAUGGGGCUGUGCCCUGUGUCCUUCCCCUUCCAGGUGGUCCAGCUUCCCCGCCUGCCGGAAGUGAAAAAGAAGUGGCUCUUCCCAGCUUCCUGCAGCUUCUUCUUCCUGCUCUCUGUGGUUAUGACCGGCUGCUUCCUGUGGCAGUACCACCUCCCCAAGCUGAAGACCAGUUCCCUGGGACCAGAGGUGACUUCUGCCCCUGUGAGGAUGUGUCCCCGGCACCCGGAGCCUGUGCCCCUGACCCACCCCCUCCCUGUGUUGAAGGAGGCCCUGGGAAAGGUGGACCGGAUCCUGCGUCAGGCACUGUCUGCCCCGGGCCUGGCUGCCAUGUCUGCAGUUGUCAUCCACAAUGACACUGUGCUCUGGACUGGGAACUUUGGGAAGAAGAAUGGCUCAGACCCAGCCUCUGGGCCCCCCAAUGAGUACACCAUGUACCGGAUCUCCAGCAUCUCCAAGAUCUUUCCAGUCCUCAUGCUGUACCGGCUGUGGGAGGAGGGCAUUGUGGCCUCCCUAGAUGACCCUCUGGAGCGGUAUGCCAGCACCUUCACCAUCAACAACCCACUGGGCCUGGCAUCGGCUCCCGCACAGAGCCUGAUGGACGGGCUAGAGGAGGUGGGCCCAGCCCCAAGGCCUUCGCCGGUCACCCUCCGAAGGAUGGCCAGCCAGCUCUCAGGGCUGCCCAGAAGGCUCCGCUCGACUUCGCUGCUGUGGAGGGGCAGCACCCAGGAGGCCCUGAGCCUACUCAAGGAUGACGUACUUGUGGCAGACCCGGGAACCAGGUGCCAUUACAGCACGCUGGCCUUCUCGCUUCUGGCGCAUGUCCUGGCAGCGCACACUGCUGAGGGUGACUACCAACGCUGGAUCUCCGAGAACGUGCUGGAGCCGCUGGGGUUGGCGGACACCGGCUUUGACCUCACGCCCCUCGUGCGCGCCCGCCUGGCUGCGGGCUUUUACGGCAGCGGGCGGCCCGCGCCGCUCUACGACCUGGGCUGGUACCGGCCGUCCGGCCAGAUGUACUCCACCCCCGCCGACCUGGCCAAGCUGGCCAUGGUGCUCCUGGGCAGCGGGCCCCACUGGCUCCUGCGGCCCGACGCGGCCAAGACCCUGCUGGCGCCGCUGCUGGCCUGCUCGGGCGCCUACUUCGCCAACGAGACGGGCACACCGUGGGAGUUCCACGCGCAGCGGGGCUACCGCGUGGUGCGCAAGGACGGCGACCUGGACGGCUACGCCGCCACCUUCUCCCUGGUGCCGCCGCUGCGCCUGGGCUUCGUGCUGCUCCUGGCCGGGCCGCGGCCCCCCGGGCGCGACCUGGUGGCGCAGGCCUACGACGUGCUCCUGCCCGCCGUGGAGAGGGCCCUCCGGGAGGCCGCGCCCAGCCCCGCCCCGCCGCCCAGCGCGCGCCCCUUCGCCGGCUACUUCACCUUCGCCAACCAGACCUUCUAUGAGGUGCGCCCCGGGCCGGCGGGCGAGCUGCGCCUGCGCCAGUUCGGGCCGCGCGUCGAGGCGCUGGUGCCCGCCGCCUUCCGCACGCUGGCGCUGCGCCACCUGCGCGGCCGCGUCUUCCAGCUGCACGUGGCGCGCCAGUUCCCGUGCGCGCUGCCGCUCGGCGACGCCUGGCUUUCUCUUGAGGCUCAGCACGGGCAGCUCGUCAACUUUUACCCGUUGGACCGCCACGGGCUGUCCCCCGGCUUCGACGUGCCGGGCCUCAACACCUACCGGGUGCUGAGGCUGCAGCGCAAGCCGGUAUUCAAGACCCAGUGA